AUGGCCUCUCCUAAGCGGCGCAAAAUUGAGACGGGAGAUACCCAGCCUAUGAGUGCUUUUGCUCUAAGACGUCAACUCCCAUCUGGGGCCAACUCUGCUUUCGGAUCGCCCAAAUCUCCCCAAGGUUCCUCCAGACCUGCGGGGUCUAAGCCUGUAGCAUCUAGCGGUUCUGAGACAGUAAAGUCAGGGAAUGGCGCGGCGAGGCUUCCUCUUGACCCCAGCCCAGAGCCCGUCAUCCCGGCGCCGCCGAAAGAUCUUGCUCACUGUUGUCAUAGUGUAUUGGAUUCGUCUGUGACAUCAGUAUCAGCAGAUGCCCCAGCGGUGCAACCAUUCUCUACAUUCAAGCUCACCAAGCAGAACUCUCGGAAACUGUCAGGAGGCAUUCUUCGACUAAAACUGGUCGAGAGCGAGCGAUUCGUUGUUUUAGGGAGUUUUGGCGUUCGUGUUAUCAACGGCGAGGUGACGGUUGCCGGGGCUCUCCUACGGCCGUCGGAGUCCAUCGCCUGGAUACACGCUUCCCACAGCUACGCUAUACCCGUCCUACGUUGCUCUGACGAGACCAGUCUCGAACUGCAUCCUCAUCCCAAUGCCGCGGAGCUACGUGGGCUGGAGAAGUUGUCUCCCUUGUUCAGAGGUCUAUGGAACGAAUCACCCGCUGCGGCUCGAAACGGUCGACAUAUUGAGCCAUUCCAACUAAUUUCCACGUCCAAGGAUGCACCUAAGAAAGCCUUUAUCCAAGACCUGGUCUCCCCUCCUGCAUGGAAUAAGAAACUGGCUGAGCUUGUGACUGGGCAAGAGAGCAAGUGCCCCGUGGUGCUCAUAUGCGGUCCGAAAUCAUCCGGGAAGUCAACUUUUGGUCGGAUUCUCUGCAACCGACUCCUAACGUCGCCAUCACGACGCUCCAGACGAGGCUUGUCGCCUGCCGUUGCAAUCCUCGACCUGGACCCAGGACAACCCGAGUAUCAUCCAGCAGGUACCAUAGGUCUUGUCCAUGUGAAGCGGCCCAAUCUGAGCCCGCCUUUCACACAUCCCGUUCCAGCGGAGGCCGAUGCAACAGUUUUGAGGUCGCACGCUGUCGCCUCUGUGUCCCCCGCGUCCGACCCCGAACUCUACAUCGAAUGUGCUCUGGACUUAUUUCGGCAUUACCAACAAUCUGCGUUGCGAGGCCGCCCCUUGAUUAUUAACACCCCUGGCUGGGUCUUUGGAACGGGUCUCGACUUGUUGACGGAAUUGGUAUCCAAGCUCGCCCCCACCGACGUUAUCUACAUGUCAGAGGACGGUCCUAGUGAGACGGUUGAGGCCCUCAAGGGGACGGCGAAGAAUGCCUUCGUGACGCUCCCGUCGCAGCAAUCUGAAUUUACUACCAGGACAGCGCUGCACCUACGGGCCAUGCAGGCCAUGACCUACUUCCACUCGGUUCGGUCUCGCUCAGGAGACGUUUCAUGGACUCCCGAACCCUUAACCGCCAUGCCUCCUCUCCAAGUGCGAUACUCCGGGGAGAGUCCGGGGAUCCUGGGCAUUCUGAGCUACGAACUUCAACCGCCUGCAGGGCUGUUAGCCGAGACCGUCAACGGCUCCAUCCUCGCCAUCGUCGAGAUCGAAGAUGCCAAGGCAUUCCGAGAUCUCUUCCACACCAUCCAGGGACCUCCUCCAUCAUCCAGCGACGGCGCCAUGGAUGUUGACGAGGAUGACGAGGAUGACGAAGGCAAGAGGCUAGCUCUAACCGCAGCUCUCGAAACACAACUCGCAAGGACACCAGAGGGAAUCCCAUUCAUCCCGAACCCCGACUCCCGGAGCCUGGAUCCGCGCUAUUCUCGCAGCCUGGGGCUCGUCCUCCUUCGGGGCAUCGACGUCGCAAGCCGCUCACUGCAGGUCCUGACGCCCGUACCGCUGUCUCUCAUCGAGGAGAGCAGGAGUAACGGACACCACCUCGUUCUCGUCCACGGGAAAUUCGACACGCCGGGGUGGGCGUACACGGAGGACGCCUACGCACGAUCGUUCACCGAGGGUGCCAACGAAGAGGGCACUGUGGAAAUCGCGGAGGGCGACACGGACAGUGACGAUUCGGCUGAUGAGCCUGAAAACCUGGAGGAUGCAGGUGAUUUUACUGGGACGCCGUGGGUCGAAGAGCUACGGGGAAACGAGAAGAGGCCGGUAGGGUCCAGGGUUUGGCGGGUACGCAGAGAUCUAGGAAAGGCUGGACCGGGAGGAGGUGAUUGA